GGUGGCCCCCAGGCCUGCGGUCGGCGCGAUCAGGGGAGGGACCAGCGGACUUCGCAGACUUCCAUCACUUGGGAUGUUUGCCUGCUGGAAGGUGAAGGAGAUCACGGACAGAGAGUGAGUAGCUAAUAAAGGGUGCGUGCAGCAUGGCUGUAACUGGGCUCAGACUGCUCACUGGUGCUCUAAGAAAGCCAGACGCCUGGCUCGGACUCUGGGGUGUGCUUCAAGGAACCUCUCCACACAAACUCUGUGCUUCCUGGAAUCGAUACUUAUAUUUUUCUAGUUCCAAGUUAAACGCAUUAAAUUAUAAAACACUUUUCCGUAGCAUUUUUCCUUUGCGACUCCCAGGGCUGUUAGUAGCUCCAAAAUGUACUUUUCCAUUUUCCAUACGACUCAAAAGCAAUAUAAACUCCAAAAAAUCCACUAGAAAGACUCUGCAAAAAGAUGCAGAUGAAGAGGACUCCGAUGAGGAGAUCCAUCACCCCGAGAGGAGUGAGCAGGAAGAAGAACUUGAGGAUGACCCUGGCGUGGUCAAGGACUACAAAGACCUGGAGAAAGUGGUCCAGUCUUUUCGGUAUGAUGUCAUCCUGAAGACAGGCCUUGAUAUUGGGAGAAACAAAGUAGAAGAUGCAUUCUACAAAGGUGAACUCAGACUGAAUGGAGAAAAAUUAUGGAAGAAGAGCAGAACGGUGAGCCAUCCAGCCUGUAAUGACAGCCACAUGGUCCUGACUGUUGCCCUGCUAGUCAGUGCUGUCCCCAAUUCCCCCUUGGGCCCUGGUGCCCUCUCUGAGGGCUUCCGUCCUGGUCACACUGGUGGGAAUCAUUUGUGGGCCACCGUCUCCUCAGUCUUCAUGACCUUAUGAGUCAGAAGAAUUGGAAUAAGCUAGUGUUAGCCCCGUGGAGUCAUGGAGGUAGAUUACAGAGAAAGGUCUGACUGGGAAGGUGCAGCCUGAGCGGGUAGACAGUGCUGUUCACUUCAGCAGGUCUUGUAGGAGCUCUGCUCUCUGAAGGGCAACGGGCACAACGAUGUUUUGUAAUUCUGACAAGUUCAUGUUGAUACUGUUAAUUGAAAGAGGUCAAGUCAGGGUCACGAUGCUUCCUUGAUGUACCAGCACUGGCUGGGGCCAAACAUCAUGAGUCCCAGGGCAGCCAGGGGUACACACUGAGACCUUAUUUCA